GAAACAACGACUAAAACGGUAACGGAGUGUCGCGUUGCACCGCGUUUUUCCAGUCAAAACAAUGUGUUGAGGUCGGGACGGGCGGGCACUGGACGUACUCUGUUAAAUUACCCUCUCUCUUUUUUUGGCUCUCCUUAUUGGUUGAUAAAGGUGAAGAUUACAGAAGAUUUGGAGGGAAAAGAGGAGAGCGAGCAAUGCCAGUGGCAAAACCAGAAUCGUCUGAUUCCAGGGUGAUUGCUCAUGUUGACAUGGAUUGCUUCUAUGUUCAAGUGGAGCAAAGAAAGCAACCGCAAUUACGGGGUUUACCUACUGCUGUUGUACAGUACAAUGAAUGGAAAGGAGGGGCUUUGAUUGCAGUCAGCUAUGAGGCUCGUAAAUUCGGGGUUAAGCGUUCAAUGCGUGGCGAGGAAGCAAAGGAGGUUUGCCCACAAGUUCAGUUGGUCCAAGUGCCUGUGGCCCGUGGUAAAGCUGAUUUGAGCGGGUACCGGAAUGCAGGCUCUGAGGUGGUAUCUAUUCUUGCAAGGAGAGGUAGAUGUGAAAGGGCUUCCAUUGAUGAAGUCUAUCUUGAUCUUACUGAUGCAGCUGAAAUGAUGCUAGCUGACAAUCCUCCGCAAGGCAUGGAGACAAUAGAUGAGGAAGCUCUUAAAUCACAUAUUCUAGGGCUAAAUAAUGAGGACGGAAAUGAUGUGAAAGAAAAUGUUAGGAAGUGGAUACAUAGGCACAAUGCUGAUCACCGUGAUAAAUUACUAGCUUGCGGUAUCCUCAUUGUUGCAGAACUUAGGAUGCAGGUUUUAAAGGAGACAGAAUUCACUUGUUCUGCAGGCAUUGCUCAUAAUAAGAUGCUGGCGAAACUUGCUAGCGGUAUGAAUAAACCUGCACAACAAACUGUUGUACCUUUCUCAUCCGUAAAGGGAUUGCUCGAUACCUUGCCUAUAAGAAAAAUGAAACAGCUUGGAGGCAAGCUGGGGAUUUCCUUGCAAAUGGACAUGGGUGUGAACACUGUUGGAGAUCUAUUGCAGUUUCCAGAGGAGAAGCUUCAAGAACGUUAUGGCAUAAAUACAGGAACUUGGCUGUGGAACAUUGCUAGAGGAAUCAGUGGAGAAGAAGUUGAGGGACGCCUUCUCCCUAAGAGCCAUGGUUCUGGAAAGACAUUUCCUGGCCCUCGGGCAUUAAAGACAGUUCCUGCUGUGCAACACUGGCUUAAUCAGCUUUGCGAAGAACUUAGUGAACGACUUUGCUCUGACCUGGACCAAAACAAAAGGAUAGCACACACGUUAACUCUGCAUGCUAGAGCAUACAAGUCCAGUGACUCAGAUUCUCAGAAAAAGUUCCCCUCAAAAUCUUGUCCCCUAAGGUAUGGGACUGCCAAGAUCCAGGAAGAUGCCUUCAACCUAUUUCAAGCUGGAUUACGCGAGUAUAUUGGAUUUUAUGGUGGUAAGACUCAAGGAAGCCAUUGUAGUGGAUGGGGAAUAACAUCUCUUUCUGUUUCAGCCAGUAAAAUCGUUCCCAUACCAUCUGGAACAUGUUCAAUUGCGAAGUAUUUUCAAGGUCAAUCUACGUCCCACUUUUCUUCAAUGCAAUCGUCGGAUAACCUUAACACUGAAGCAACGCUUUCGUUACCCUCAGGUAGUGAAUGCUACUCAGAGGUGAAUUUAUCUGAACCAAAAAUUGAUUUUCCUAAGGAGGAAAGCUGGAUUAAGGAUACUGUGCCUGAUUUAGAUCUGCAAGAACAAAAAGAUCUAUCUAGUCCUCUAUCAGAGAAGACACAAGAUGGGUUCAUCCAGGAGGAUAUUUCACCAUUAUUACUCUCAGGUUGCUUGGAACAGAACCGGAGUAAACAACAACGAGAUUUAACUAAGGAUGAAAGUCAGUUUAAGUCAGAAUACAAGGAGCGAAAAGGAAAAAGAUUGAAAGACAAGGGAACAUAUUCAAUAAUAGAACUUUUUAAGAGCUACAAUCCCAAUCCCUCUGGCUCUUUUUUGUCCCACGAGUACAACAGAACUGUUGGAGGCACUGAUGCUAGUAGUAGCAGUUACAGUAGAGAUGAGGAAGAAGGAAGAAGGGAAGCAUGGGGAUACAACAUUGAUGAAAUUGAUCCAUCUGUGAUGGAGGAAUUGCCGACGGAGAUCCAAGACGAGAUUAAAGCAUGGAUGCAGCCUCAUAAGCGGCGGCCUAAUAAUAUGGUCAAGCGAAGUUGUACCAUCUCUCAUUAUUUCUCACCCUCCAAAAAGUCAUAAUUAUGGAAACAAUGAUUAUAUGCAGGAUGGAUGGCGUCAGUGUGUAUAAAACCAAAUGAGAAAUGUAUCAGUCAGAUGACACCAAAUUAAGAGAUAUCAAUAUGAAUCUUCUACUCCCAUGUAUAAAAUUAACCAUUUUCAUAAGCCAA